GCCCGGCCAUACACACAGAGCGCGCGAGAGGCGGUUGACCGCGAAUAACCUCGGCGGUUUGGGCCGCCCCGCGCGACCUUUCUCCUGCAUUGGCCGUGACGCGCUUGGGGCCUCCCCCUCCCCCCGCGCCCCCCUCCGCGAGAGAGAGAGCGGCUGCGGGCCAAGAUGGCGGCGCUGAGCAAGUCCAUCCCUCACAGCUGCUACGAGAUCGGGCACACCUGGCACCCCCACUGCGGACGGGCCUUCGCGGACAUCACCCAGGGGGCGCUGCUUGAAUCCCUCCGCAUCUACGGGACCCUGUACCUGAUUGCUGCAAUUCUCCGGAAACGAAAACUAGAUUAUUAUUUGCACAAACUGCUCCCUGAGAUCCUGCAAUCAACAUCCUUUCUGACAGCAAAUGGAAGUUUGUAUAUUGCAUUUUUCUGCAUUUUAAGGAGGAUACUUGGAAAAUUUUAUUUUUGGACUCCUGGUUUUGGCGCUGCUUUGCCAGCUUCUUAUGUGGCUAUUCUUAUUGAAAGGAAGAGCAGGAGAGGGCUGCUUACAAUUUACAUGGCGAAUUUGGCCACGGAAACUCUAUUUCGCAUGGGGGUGUCAAGAGGAACAAUUACUCCUUUAAGACACGGAGAGGUCCUUUUGUUCUGCAUUACUGCUGCCCUGUUUAUGUUCUUUUUCAGGUGCAAGGAUGGCUUGAAAGGAUUUACAUUCUCAGCACUAAAAUUCAUUGUAGGGAAGGAAGAAAUUCCCACACAUUCUUUUGCACCGGAAGCAGCCUUUCUAAGGAGAGGGAGAAAAACAAAGCACAGCGAAGAAAUGACACAGCGAAUGAACAUAGUGGCGGCAACAAAGAAACUUGUGGACAAAGUAUGCAAACAUGGGCCAAGGCACAGAUGCUGUAAGCAUUAUGAAGAUAAUUGCAUCUCAUAUUGUGUUAAAGGCUUCAUUAGGAUGUUUAGCGUUGGUUACUUGAUCCAGUGUUGCCUUCGGAUCCCGUCAGCAUUCCGGCAUCUGUUUACAAAACCUUCCCGGCUGCUCUCGCUCCUCUACAACAAAGAAAAUUUCCAGCUUGGGGCUUUUCUGGGGUCAUUUGUCAGUAUAUACAAAGGUACAAGCUGCUUCCUGCGCUGGGUACGGAACCUGGAUGAUGAACUGCAUGCACUUAUUGCAGGAUCCUUGGCAGGAAUGUCAAUGAUGUUCUACAAAAGUACUACUAUCUCUAUGUACCUGGCUUCCAAACUAGUAGAGGCCAUGUAUUUCAAAGGCAUCGAAGCUGGAAAGGUACCUUAUUUUCCCCAUGCUGACAGUAUCAUCUACGCUGUGUCCACAGCCAUCUGCUUCCAGGCAGCCGUGAUGGAAGUUCAAAACUUGAGACCUUCAUAUUGGAAAUUUCUAUUACGGCUAACAAGGGGAAGGUUUGCCGUCAUGAACAGGAAAGUUUUGGAUGUAUUUGGUACUGAAGCAUCUAUGCAUUUCAAGGACUUUGUACCUGCGCUUGACCCAAGAUAUUCAGUGGCUCCACCAGAGAGGCCUGUUGAGCGAUCUUGGUAGUGAGACGUUGGCCUGGGACGAAGUCUGGCUGGUGUUUGUGCUGAGAAGUCAAAUUAACUUUAACAGUCAAAUAGACCGAAGAGGGCUUGUGUUCCACUUCAGUAUUGUUUCAGUGAGUUGCGUUAUCUUACCAAUCAAAGCGUUGCUGAAGCACCGUAGCGAGAUGCGGCUUUUAAUUCUGCCGCUCCUUUAGUAGAAAGUGUCUCUGGAUCACUGUGGCUGGUUGACGCAACCUGGUAGAUUUCUUGACAGAAUUAUAUAUCAAUGGAUUAAUAUAUCAAAAAAGAUCGGGGUGGGUGGGUUAAAGUACGUGAAUGUACUUAAAAUAAAAAUAACACCAUUUUGAAAACAAUUCAUUUUAAUUCAUUCCGGUAGAUAACUUAAUAACGAUAUUUUUACAUUUAGAAAAUAAUGAAAGGGACAUUGGCGAUAGCAAUGUCAGAAUUCUAUAGAUUUUAUUUUAAAAGUCAGAUUUUAGUGGGGAAUGUUUUCUCUGUUCCAGAUAGUUGGUUAAAAAACAACAACAUUGUUACUGGAAAAUGUUUAAAGGUACCAAUGUCUAGUACCAUAUUUAUGACUGUACUGUUUAUAUCCAGCUUUGGCUUUGAAAAAGCCCCCCCCACAGCAGCAUCUCUUCCCUUAAGUCGAAUUGCAUACCUCGAAAGCUGCCGAGAGAUUUAAAAAAAAAAUAGUGGGCAUUUAGGCCUGAGUAAUGUAGUUCUUCAGAUACGUGUAUGAAUAACUAGAAAGGACAAGACCAUCACAGAAUGGAAUGUAGUCGUGUUCUUCAGGUUUUGAGCUGAGCCUCACAAGAUACUAGAUGGUUUGAAGAGCAAAAAGUUGAAAACCUAUAUACAAAAGACUUAAGAAGAUGAUUGUGCCCUAGAAUAUGGAAUUGACUUGAUUUUUUGUAAGCCUCCGUACUAUGUCAGUAACCCAGUGGCCUUCCAAAGGAGUCAGAACCCCAAAGUUUGAAAGUUGGAGCAAAACAGAUUGAUUUUGUUGAGAACAUUGAUGCUGUUUGCUUCUGCAGAUUUUGUUCUUUUUUUAAAAAAAAAGUGUAGCCAAUAUAAAAGAGCCAUAUUACAAGUAUGUUAAAUUUAGGGCAAGCUGGUCAUUGCUCGAAAUCCACUGCCCCUCUUUCCCUGUCUGAUCCCUAUGGAACCUUGAUGUCCAGAUUCCAUUUCUACGAUCAAUUCAGUGCAGCUGGGUGUGGGCUGCAGUGAAGGAGCUCCCAAACCUUUGGAUGGAAAAGACAUUGUAUUUUGAUUCGUCCAAUUUGUCAGAAGCUGGAAUGUCUGUGCUUCGAAAAACAACAGAAAGUUUAGAGAUACUGUUCAGAUUCUUCUUCAAUUGCUGCAGAGUUGUCGCUUUUCCAGCAGUGUGUGUAUUUGUGCACAUGAAAAUUACCUAACAGAAUAAUUUCCAAUUCUAUAUAACAGUGAAAUUAUAUUCCCAAAGAACAGCAGUAGCAUAAUAUCUAUUUAAAACAUCCCAGGGAGCAAGCAAUAUUUUGAGUUUGUGAGAACUUUCCUUCAAGCUGGUUAUAAAGCGCAACACUGGAAGAAAAAUAUGAUGUAAAAGCCUGUAGUUUUAAGUACUCUUGAUUCUGGCUUUUUGUUUUUUUAAAAAGCCAGCAAGUUCUUUUUUUCCUAUUUCUUCUUAAAAUUUAACAGCGUUCCCAAUGAAUUUUUCUGGUGAACUCAAAAAGCACACUCACUGUGUCAUGAACUAUUUAAUUUUAGUUAAAACUAAUAAAGGUAUUAUGCUACCA